AUGGGAAAGGUGGUAUGUGUGACAGGAGCUUCUGGUUUCAUAGCUUCGUGGUUGGUUAAGCUUUUGCUCCACCGAACAGAAAAUGGGAAAGGUGGAUCGACAGGUGAUCCGAGUAAGGUUGCACACUUGAAAGCACUCGAAGGAGCGAAAGAAAGGCUCGAAUUAUUCGAAGCAAACUUACUCGAGGAAGGAUCGUUUGAUGCUGCAGUUGAUGGUUGUGACGGUGUUUUUCACACAGCUUCGCCUGUUCUAAUCGACAACUUUAAUGACCCACAGAUGGAACUUAUAGAACCUGCUGUAAGAGGAACACUAAAUGUUCUGAGUUCAUGUCUAAAGUCGAAGGCAUCCAUAGAACGAGUCGUGUUAACUUCUUCGAUGGGCUCGGUUAUGUAUAACCGAGACAUAACCGAAUUAUUUACUACAGGCAACAGCAGUACUACAACUACUACUGUAAUUGAUGAAACUUGGUUCUCUGAUCCUUCUUUCUGUGAGGAAACUCAGCAAUGGUAUCUUUUUUCGAAAACAUUGGCGGAGGAAGCUGCAUUCAAUUUUGCUAAAGAAAAUGGUAUGGACUUGUUAUGUAUAAAUCCUGGCUUCGUCAUUGGUCCUUUGUUGCAGCCAACUCUCAAUCUCACUUCUCAAUCUUUUCUCAACUUCAUUAGAGAAGGUAUGUAUGUAUGUGCGUAUAGCAAUGGAAUGCCAGGUGGAAUUUUCAUGUACGUUGACGUAAGAGACGUUGCAUCUGCACAUCUACUAGCAUUUGAGAAUCCUUCAGCUGGUGGUCGAUAUUGCGUCGUCGCAAACGUGUUAUAUUGUUCUUUGAAUUUCUUACAUGAUCUCUAUCCAACGCUCAACCUUCCAAAGAGUUCAGAGGAAAAUGAGGCUGCAAGUACACCACUAUUCCAAGUGUCAAAUAAGAAGGCAAAAUCAUUGGGCAUUAAUUUUAUUUCUGUGGAGCAAAGUGUGAAGGACACUAUUCAAAGUUUUAAGGAAAGAAACUUGGUCACUUCCACAAUUUGUUGA